CUCCCUUUUCUGUUGGUUAUAAAUUUUAUAAUCGGUAUGCAUAUCCCAUGUAUUCACCAAUUAGCCCAAGCUCAAGAAUUUCGGGAUCUGCAGUUCAAGAUAAUCCGGGGAAUAACAGCCCUGUCAAUAUCAGCUAUAUAAUUGAUAUCAAGCUAAGAUCUGGUGUAUCUUGGAGUUAUGAGAUCCUAAAGUUUUCUGCUGAAGGAAUUUAUGAUAAAGAAACAGGAAAGUUGUGUAUGGUAGGUUGUAGAUAUAUUGUUUCUAAGAAUCAAUCAUUGAUAAAUGACUCCAUGGACUGUGAGGUUCUUAUCAAUUUCCAGUUUCCUCCAUCAAAUUCGAAGAUGAAUGAAGGUUAUAUCAAGGGCAGCAUCAAAAGCGCACGGGUGAAAUCAGAUCCUCUUUAUUUUGAAACAAUGGAUGUGUCUUCAGCUACUUAUACUACACCUGUAAUAAAAAAGUCCAUUAAAAGGAUGGAUCUAGAGAUCGGCAUUUCUGCUAUAACAAACACACUUGCAUGUGUCUUCGUGGUAUUGCAGCUUUUGCAUGUGAAAAAGCAUCCUGAUGUGCUUCCCUUGAUUUCAAUUUCCAUGCUUUUGAUUCUCAUUUUGGGCCACAUGAUACCUCUUCUUCUAAAUUUUGGAGCCCUGUUACAGAGAACUGUUGUGCUUGGAAGCAGUGAAUGGUUUGAAGUGAAUCAGGUGCUCUUCAGGACAAUAACAAUGGUAGCUUUCUUGUUGGAAGUUCGCCUUCUCAUGCUAUCAUGGUCUGCAAGAUCGGCUGGUACAAACCGAGAGGCCUUGUGGUUUGCUGAGAAGUCGACUUUGUCUUUGUCUUUGCCAUUAUAUGCAGCUGGGGCCUUGAUAUUUUCGCUUGUUAGCUUGAGGAAGCGAAACCAUGAUGAUUGGUUGCUAUCGAUUCGCCUAACACACCCUCAGCGUUCUCUCUGGAAGGACUUGAAAUCAUAUGCAGGGCUCACAGCUACAGUUCUGUUGGAUCAUAUAUAUACGCAGCUCGUGAUUUAGAUUUUUAUUCAACUGCUUGGGAUGUUAUUAUUCCUUUAGGGGGCCUGUUGUUUGCUGCAAUCAUUUUCCUGCAGCAGAGGUUUGGAAGCCAAUGCAUUCUAUCCCAGAAACUCAGGGAGGGCGAAGGAUACGAGAAGGUUCCUGUUGUCAGUGAAUCACAAUUGCCCGAGAUUUCUAGCCCUUCUGAUGGGAAUAUCUUAGCCACUGCAGGCUCGGGCUUAGAUGGUAACAAAUGAUUCUCUCGUUGUUUCUUGCAUAUUUCCACUGUACUAGUUGUCUCUCAAUUAAGCAUGUUUUAGUUAUGGAUUAUAUUGAGAUUUAUCUCGUAUAUAUACAUAAAGUAAGAGUCAUGUCCAGGAGCAACUGA